ACACUAACCAGACAAAGACCUAGACCACGGUCUCGAACGUCUCAAUCGUCCAGGAGUUUUCCACCAGAAACACCAAUCACUCCUUCUUCGCCGGAAGAAGAAGAAGUAUUCUUUGAAAAGCCUACGCCGUUUUUUCCACACACUCCCGAAGCUGGUGGUGACACAGUCGAUAGAGGAGAAUCUAAUCAACCCAUUCCUAGAGACAGAAUCAGAUAUGCAGAACCACCCUCAGGAGGUUGGAGAAUAAGGGAUUCUGAUGAUGUAGUGUUGAGACAUGGACAUAGUCGACCUAAUAUAGGAGGGUCACGAAUACCGUCUAAUAUGUUCGACAGAGUUUUGGAUAAUUCAGACAGAAGGCAAUAUGGAAUGGGAUGGGCUGGUAAAAUGUUUGGCCGAUCCUUCAGGAAAUCAGUAACACAGGAUAUGAAAAUACAAGAACAACUUGAUGACAUGGAAGACCAUCGACCUAUGUUCACAUAUUGGGUAACUACUGUACAAAUUUUAGUACUGUUCAUCUCUAUAUUUUGUUACGGAUUUGGACAAUUUGGAGUAGAUCUUCAGUCUAAAUCUUCGCAAGUUUUAGUGACAAGCUUAUCUCUACAACAAGUAGACUAUAUGGAACCAGCCAAUUUCUGGUUGGGUCCAAGAGCUGGUGAUUUAAUACAUCUCGGAGCUAAAUUCGCGCCCUGCAUGAGAAUCGACAAUAAAAUCAAGAAAGAAAUUGAAAAAAUUCAAGCGAAGGAACGAGAGACGGCGUGCUGUAUAAGGAACGACGAUUCAGGAUGUGUACAAUCUUCCCAAGCUGACUGCUCGGUAAGAAUCAUUUUCUUUAAUUACAGAAACUUGGAAAAAAUAAAUCUCUAUACUUUAGCGCGUCUCUGAAUCAUUAUAUUAGUA